AUGGCAAACAAGACGCCUGAUCCAGCCAAAGCGCAAGGUGACACAUCCAUCCGUUCCAUCUGUCCUGCUGCCAUAGCUGAUGCAGUGAGUCGCAUCUCCGUGGGAAACGGUUUUCCGAAGGAUGGCCACGUGCUCUACAGUGCUUUCCAAGGCCAGCGCGCUUUCCUCUGGAAUGGUCCACGGGGUGAGCUCAAAAACCCACCCCUUGAAGGCACAGAAAGUGAGUGGAACGUGGCUGCCUCCACGUUGCCGUUGAUUGUGGCAGGAGAUUCUGCUGCCGGAAAGGACAAUUUGAAGUGCGUAGUUCUGUACUGGCUGCACAAGUUGGAGCCUGCGGGGCGGCCCGCCACCCGAGCUUUGCUGCAAGGAUCCAUAACAGUGACCGGUUUGAUUGUAGAAUUGCUGGACAAUGAUGACCAGUUGCAGAUCAUCAAUGGUGAGUUGGAAAAGGCGCGUCAAGCUGCCAUGGCGGCUGGACUGAAGCCAGAAGAGGCCCAAUUUUUUCUCACCGGGGAUGGUGGAAAAGACCCCAUCUUUGUGUCUUAG